CUUUACCAGAAUGAUGGUAGAUAUCCAGCUCUGGAGUGACUUUACAACAACUGAUGCAUAUUUUUGCCAUAUCGAGCAGCAGUUUUUAUGAAAAAGGACUCGAAGCGUUGUAGACAUCAGCAUGUCAGUGCAUUUUGAUGAGAGAAGCGGUGUGAUCCCGUGUAAAACAGCAUGGGGCUCGUGGUAUCAAACUAUGGAGGAGGUUUUUAUCGAAGUCAAUGUUCCUCCUGGUACUUCAGCCAAAGAGAUCAAGUGUAACAUCAGCAGCAAACAGAUUGAGCUUCAUGUAAAAAGCCAACAAAUAUUCAAGGGGAAGCUGUUUGGAUCCACAGUUAGCGAUGAAGCUAUGUGGACAUUAGAGGACAAGAAAUUGAUUCGGAUAGUUCUGAUGAAAACAAAUCGAGAGGCUGGAAACUGUUGGCUGUCUCUGUUGGAGGGAGAGUAUGCUGCUGACGCAUGGGUGCAGGAUCAGAUGCAGAGAAAACUCACACUGGAAAGAUUUCAAAGAGAGAACCCUGGAUUUGACUUCAGUGGGGCAGAGAUUUCUGGAAACUUUCAUGGUGGUGGACCAGAUUUCUCCAGUUUGCAAAAAUAAAAAUUACUGCCUUUAUGUUCGGAUGAAUCUCACAUUUUCAUAAAAACUGUUAAUAUAAAGCCAUAAUCCAUCAGAGACAGCCGCUGAUAUAAGCAUUUUUGUUUUUAUGAUAGUUUAAGUUUUAUAAAUGCCAGGUUUUGUUUUUGGCACUACAGUUGUUUCAGAAGACAGUUGAGUCAGCUGCCACGUGCAUUUCUGUAAGCAAUGUUAAUAAAGCACUUAUUAAAGGUGAA